GGGUUUCAUGGAGGCGAUUGGCAUACACCGCAAUAGUAAAUUUAAAGCUUACCAUAGGAAAGUCUACUCGAUCGGAAGUCACAUGUUAUCCCCACUAGCAUCAUCUAAAUUAAGUGGAUUUUAAAACAGGAUUAACUUUCGCACGGACACGUUUUAAGGAGUUGCUACACACACGACACAUCCGGGAUGGAUACAGGGCUUACGACAGCGCUUUUGUUGUGUUUAUUGUUGUCACACUGCUUCGUCAUACAAGGACAGGUGUGCCGACCUGACCCGGGUGAUAAAGUUGUCAACAUGUGCGAGAACUCCUUCAGUAACGGUAACUCCCUCUAUCUGGACACGGCAAGAGCUGUCAAUUAUCAAGACAGCUGUAUGUGUUGGCUCCAGUCGCAAGGUGGCUCUGUUGAACUCCUGUUAUCCGUGCGGGGAAAUGAAACUGACUGUGAUUCUACUCUGUUGCUAUCACCACACAUUGAGUACUCGUUUAGUUGUGUCGGUAAAGAGCCGAUUACUGCCACAGGGAAAAUAGAGCCUGGCCAGGUCGUCUUUAUUUCUCUCACAAAAUCAUCCACUGACGCUAAAGCGGCGUUGUGCGUGCACAUAGGGCAACUAUCGUUUGGAGGAUCUCUCAGUUUGAACUGCUAUGCGGGGACCUUGAAACCAUCAACAACCACUUCUGUUCCAGUAACUACGCCGACGCCGACUCCGCCUCCAACUACAAGGCCUAGUACACAAACUGUCAGCAGGGGUCUGGUGCCUCCUAAUACAGCCAACAUCUGCUCAGAGGACCCCAAUGACAAAGUCAUCAACAUGUGUGAGCGCGACUUUGGCAGCGGUAAUUCUAUCUAUAUGGAUACAACAAAAGCUGUGAACUACCAAGGCGACUGCGUGUGUCAACUCAGGGCGCAAGGUGGAGCUGUUGAUCUCGAGUUAUCAGUGAAGGGUGUCCACGCCGACUGCAACGCCACCCUGUAUCUAGCUCCCUUCAUUGACUAUACCUUUAAUUGUGUACAACAGGAAUCUGUUUCGACAACAGGGAAGAUCGAAGUGGGCCAAACCGUUUACGUUACCCUGUCCAAGGCAUCUCCUGACGCUGUAGCCGAUUUGUGUGUGCACAUAGUGCAAACAUCGUCUGGAGCUGGAUCUCUGAGUUUGACCUGCAGUGAAGGCACACCGAAACCCACCACAACUCCCCAACCACUACCAUCUACAACCAGCCAAUCUGCCAACAGUUCAGGAAGCGAAGUGGCGGCCAGUACUGCGAACAUCACCACCUCUGCAGUUAAUCCGCGUGGAUCUGGUGAACCGCGCACAAAUGAUACAACUGUUUCUUUUCAAAAACCACCGGUAAAAGAACCUACUUGUCAAGCCACACCUGGAGAUAAAGUUGUGAAUAUGUGCGAGAAAAGCUUUGGUAGUGGAGCUGCCAUCUAUCUGGACACUGCAAAGGCUGUCAACUACCAAGGCAGAUGUGUGUGCCAACUGAGUGCCCAGGGUGGGGAUGUCGAUCUCCAGUUAACAGUGCAGGGAGCCCAUGCAGACUGUGACGCUACCCUGUAUUUCCCUCCGCCUAUUGAUUACACAUAUAACUGUGCAGACAGGACAUCCUCAAAUAGUACAGGACGGAUCGAGUCAGGAAGGAUGGUUUUCCUUACUCUCACCAAAGGCUCUAAAGCUGUUGCAGAUUUCUGUGUUCUCUUAGUUCAAGCAUCAUCAGGAGCUGGAUCUCUGAGUUUGACCUGCAGUGAAGGCACACCGAAACCAACCACAACUCCCCAACCACAACCAUCUACAACUAGCCAAUCUGCCAACAGUUCAGGAAGCGGAGUGACGGCCAGAACUGCGAACAUCACCACCUCUGCAGUUAAUCCAGGUGGAUCUAGUGAACCGAGCACAAAUGAUACAAAUACGACAACUGUUUCUGUUCAAAAGCCACAGGUGAUAGAACCUGUUUGUCAAUCCACAUCUGGAGAUAAAGUUGUGAAUAUGUGCGAGGGAAACUUUGAUAGUGGAGCUGCCAUCUAUCUGGACACUGCAAAGGCUGUCAACUACCAAGGCAGAUGUGUGUGCCAACUGAGUGCCCAGGGUGGGGAUGUCGAUCUCCAGUUAUCAGUGCAGGGAGCCCAUGCAGACUGUGACGCUACCCUGUAUUUCUCACCGUCCAUCGAUCACACCUAUAACUGUGCAGACAGGACAUCCUCAAAUACUACAGGACGGAUCGAGUCAGGAAAGAUGGUUUUCCUUACUCUUACCAAAGGCUCUGAUGCUGUUGCAGAUUUCUGUGUUCUCUUAGUUCAAACAUUAUCAGGAGGAUCUCUAAGCCUAAACUGUUUGGAAGGGAAAUUAAAAGUUACUGUCGUGCCCCCUACAACGACCUCCACUUUGCCCAACAGCACAGGCAGUGAGGUUACUAAAACCGGUGCCACUGUAAAGACUAACAGCUCCUCUUUACCGAAAAGCACUACCAGCCCUUCUGUACCGACAAACACCACCGAUGGGGGAAACGGUACCAUCAAGGAUCCGCAACAGGCGCCCUUAGAACAAUCUCCUGCCCAUUCUACGAUUGUUGUGAGCAUUAUUGUGGUAACUGCCUUUGGGAUAGUUGUGCUGUUGACGAUAAUAAUGGUCAUUGCGAAACGUGUCAGGAAAAAGUCAAGUUCCAAUCAAGUGGCAGCUGCCCCAAGUUCUGCCAACGGUCUGAUCAACGUCAGCCUAUAACUGGACACAGGAACAAACAAGGACAUGAACGCAACGUAUUUAUGUAACGUGUCCUUCCCUGGAUUGAUGGGAAGCCAAGAAUCAAAACCAAUUCAAGGACCUGAACAGCUGUUAAUUCAUCAUGAUCACCAACAAAGAGAAAUGCAUGCCACACACUAUGUACAAAGAUUCUCAAUACUGACUGACCGUGAAAUGUGUGACAGUGUGAUAAGGUAAAUCAGAAGAACAUUUCCAAGGUUUCUUCUGUAUUGCUGACAAUGUUAUCUCCGUGUCGUAGCGCCAAUGCUGUUCCUGUACAUUGUGAACAAGGUUAUUUGCAUACAACUGGCCAGAGCAUGUCCGUGUCGUAGCGCCAAUGCUGUUCCUGUACAUCAUGAACAAGGUUAUCUGUAUAUAACUGGCCAGAGCAUGUCCGUGUUGAAGCGUCGGAGGAGGAACAUAUGCAAUGAUUUCCCUGUAAUUUGUGAACAAUGUUCGCUCUGCACUGCUGCCUGCGACCGUAUCGCAGCUUCAAGGCCGUUUAUGUACUUUGUAAAACAGGUGCUCAUUUAACUGCUGGUCAUGAUAUAUCACACUCCUAGUUACAAGGAGAAUUGGAACUGUUGUCCAUAUGUACAUUAUUACUGUCAUUUUGUUAUGCCACGAUAGAAAUUAGAUUGUUAAUGUUUUCGAUGAAGGCGUUAACUAACACUGCGUAUUUCUAUACUUUUCAUUAUUCAUAUGAUAUCUAAUUUUCAUUAGUUAAGCAUUUUUGUAGCCGUUACUUAAUAUAUGUAUGUCCAUUUUGUUACUCACCAGUUAUUACGAUAUAUUUGUACGUUUUUUUAUGUUUCAAAUCAUAUUCAUGUAUUUUGAAGAGGCUGGUGAGAGGGGGCCUUGUGGUCAAAAGCACCACGGUUAUAUGUGUAGAGUUGUGCUUCUCUGCUGCCAGUAUCAGCUGAUCGUUGAUUUCAUUCUGAGACUCACCUGAGUGGACUGCUAGCACCAAACCCGUGCAGGAUGGUGUCACAGUGUCACAAAGUGGUAGCCGGAUAGAAGCACAUCUCCCAAACUAUUCCAUCUCACUCGAGUCAUUAUUGUGUAAAAAAGACCAUUUUCACUGAAAACAUUGUGGAUCUACACGUUUGUACAUUAUGUUCCAAUGUUAUUUUAUGGUAAAACGCUUUAUGUCAUAAUUUUGUAAACCACAAGUAUUUUUUAUAUAGUCUCAUCUAGAAUACAGUUCA